UACAAGUGAUACAUCAUGCAAAGCAAUCCUUCAUGAGUCCAGAGAAACAGAGCUGGCAAAAUUCUAUGGAACAUAAUUCCUCAUGUUCCUCACACUGACCCACACCACAAGACAAAAGAAGAGUCUCUCACUGAGAUUCAGAGAAGCCAAAUCCAUGUUCUUUGUCCAACUUUCUACAAAUCUCUAACUCUUUGACUUCAUUCUGUGGAUUGCUGUGUUGAUUGGAUGGACCUGAUGAAGCUAUGAGAAGCCUUAUGGGUGCAUCUCCAGGGCUUUUGGAGCCCCGGCAUCGGACAUGUGGGACUCUUGAAGACUCCAACAAAAGAAAACCACACAACAGCAAAGACUUCAAAGAGGUUGAGAAGUUAAUCGGUGUUCAUAGUCCGGAAAGGAUCACAAGCUGCAAGUUUCAUUCUUUGAAAAUUUUUCUCUUCUUCAUCAUAUGUGGAACCAUUUUAAUGCUUCUUCAUUUGCCGAACAUGCAUCAUAAUGACCAUUUCAAGCACUCAGGUUCACGGUUUCUAAACAUCAGGUGGAUGUGGAGCAGAACAGCAUUAGAUUCACGAUAUAUAUCGCACUUGGAUGUUCAAUGGACACAGAUAUCAAAAGUUAUUGGAAACCUUGAUGGCAGAAAGAGUAAUCUGAAAGUUGGAUUGCUUAAUUUCAACAAUACUGAAGUCAAGUAUUGGCAAGAGUUGUUAACUUAUUCAGAAUUUCUUGCCAUACAUUUAGAGCAUGCAAAGAGUAACAUUACUUGGGAUGAUCUCUAUCCUGAAUGGAUUGAUGAGGAAGAAGAAUCUGAAGUGCCGUCUUGUCCACAUCUUCCCGAACCGAGGAUUCCUAAAGGGUUGCAAUUUGAUCUUGUUGCUGUCAAGCUCCCCUGCAACAAGUCGGGAAGUUGGUCGAGAGAUGUUGCAAGGCUGCAUUUGCAGCUUACAGCAGCCAGACUUGCUGCAUUCUCCAGAGGAGACCACAAGCCGGUUCAUGUGCUAUUCGUCACCAAUUGCUUUCCAAUUCCAAACCUUUUCUCAUGCAAGAGCCUUGUAAACAGAGAAGGCGACGCAUGGCUGUAUAAGCCUGAUUUAAAACUGUUGAAGCAAAAGGUCGAACUCCCGGUUGGGUCAUGUAAACUUGCCAUUCCACUCAAAGCAAAAGUAAAACCCUAUUCAAAAUCUAGAAAUCGAGAAGCAUAUGCGACAAUACUUCACUCUGCGCAUGUAUAUGUGUGUGGAGCAAUUGCUGCUGCACAAAGCAUUCGCCUAGCAGGAUCGACGAGAGACCUCAUCAUACUUGUCGAUGAGACAAUCAGCAACCAUCAUAGGACUGGUCUUGAGGGUGCCGGCUGGAAAGUCAGAACAAUUCAACGGAUUCGCAAUCCAAAAGCUGAGCGGGACGCUUAUAAUGAAUGGAAUUACAGCAAAUUCCGACUCUGGCAGCUCACUGAUUAUGAUAAGAUCAUUUUCAUCGACGCCGAUCUCCUUAUCCUAAGAAACAUCGACUUCCUAUUUGCAAUGCCAGAAAUAACAGCCACAGGUAACAAUGCAACUCUCUUCAACUCUGGAGUAAUGGUCAUCGAACCAUCAAAUUGUACCUUCCAGUUGCUUAUGGAUCAUAUCAAUGAGAUUGAAUCCUACAAUGGAGGUGACCAGGGUUACUUGAAUGAGAUCUUUACUUGGUGGCAUCGCAUACCGAAGCACAUGAACUUCUUGAAGCAUUUCUGGUUUGGUGACAAAGAAGAGAUCAAAGCAAAAAAGACGAGUUUAUUUGCGGCCGAUCCUCCAAUCCUCUAUGUGCUACAUUACUUAGGAAUGAAACCAUGGUUGUGUUUCCGGGACUACGAUUGCAACUGGAAUGUUGACAUACUGCAGGAGUUUGCAAGUGAUGUUGCACAUGCACAAUGGUGGAAAAUUCAUGAUCAAAUGCCGAAGAAUUUGCAGAACUUCUGCCUUCUGAGGUCGAAGCAGAAGGCAGGGUUAGAGUGGGAUCGAAGACAGGCCGAAAAGGCGAACUACACUGAUGGGCAUUGGAAGAGGAAAAUAAAAGAUUCAAGACUCAAUAUUUGUUUUGAAAAUUUCUGCUUCUGGGAGAGCAUGUUGUGGCAUUGGGGUGAAACAAACUGGACAGACGACAACCCGAUUACAACAACAGUUACCGGGAAACUUCCGAGUUAAAUUUUGCAAACCAUAUGGUUCAUUCAUAUAUGUUCUUCAUUUUAUCUUCAUUUUCCUUCCAUAGAUGGGAAUGUAAGUUUAAACUGUCCUUCCUUUUUGUAUCAGUAUUAUACAAAGUGAGUAUAGAGAUUGCAAUGCUGUUGAUUUUAA